UGCCAGUUUCUUUAAAUUUUACCUACGGAUUUUCUUGUAAUUCUUUCAUUCUCUUGCAGCACCUAUGGGUAUCCUAUGCCACGAGUGUCAACGCUCACCGGUCGAGCAUGCCUCUGAUACAGUAGAGGACUUCCAAGCUCCGCUAACAGUUCGGCACUGGGCACUGCACCCGGGACACUUUACCGACGUUCCUCGAAUAGUGAACGUUACCUUCGAGUCAUUCCACCUGCCAAUUAAAGUCUGCCUAGACCGCUUCAGUUCAAACGGUACCAAGGUGGCAACGUACAGCGACCUUUGCCAAGAGACAGGCAGCAAAGUGAAGGCCAUUCGGUACAGCGUGAAGAAAGUUUGCGCCGGCGAAGAAUCAUCAAGUUGUCACUCGCUCCGAUUCUCCGUAACGGCGUUAUCGAGAAAAGCGGGCGGCCCUUUCCUGGAGUGCACAGACCCAGGUUGUCAGCUUCCUGACCAAACGAAAAUUCUGAUCACAUAUGACAGUAAGUAUAGUUUCUUUACCUUUUGCUCGGCAAAAUUACAGGUUACACUACUCCAGCGUGUAUUCGCAGUGGUUUCAAAUUUGGUGUAACGAUUACGGGACAGAACAUAAUACUGCUGAAAAGAAACUCUCAGUUUGCGCUGCCCCAUUGCACGCUCUUGAUCAGUUGUCCUUGUUGUUUUUAUUUUGCG